CGAAAUGGCCUUGGCCACCGCGGUUUUCUCAAUAUAGCCGCACUUUUCUGAGCGUUAGGCUUAUUUCCAGCUCAAUCACUUGUCGGGGUUGGGUGGGGUCUUCAAUCUUUGUUUCUUGUUGAUCUGGAAGACGCCCCCGACCGCCCAGGCAUUCGUCAUUGACUGGUGAACCACGACCUGACCGCCUUUGUCUGGUCCCCCCGCGCUGCCUCCAGAGCCGCUGGCUGCUUCUUCCUUGGUCAAUGCGAACCCGAAACCAACGCCCGACGUCACAAUGGGCCGCAAACCCAAUGCGCUGAUACUCCAAUUUUUCGAGCGAGGCCCCAAACUUGCCGACAACAGCAAUCGCUAUCCUCAUACAUGCAAGUCCUGCGGGGAGAACUUCCCCAAGGGCCGCAUCGAUAGCUUGACGAACCACCUGACGCGAAAAUGCCCUGCCAUAUCCGAGAGCGACCGGGUAAGAGCCUGCUUGACAAUCCACGGCUUUAACAAGGCUGCUGUCGAACAUACCAGGGCGUCUGUUGCCUCCGCAACCACCACCGCUCGCCCACCCGCCGACAUUCAGCAAGACCUAGACCUAGUACAAAGAGACUGGACUGCCCUCGAGACUCUGGCUGAGGUUUCCAGGCAGAUAGAUCUCAGCGAAAAGCACGACGAUCGCGGCAACCCUGCAGGAGCCUCAAUAACGACAGAGAGCGCACUGCUGGGACAAGAAAUCCACGAUCAGUUCUUGGCACAGAGCGCCCAUCUUGGCUAUAAGGAUGACCAUGGCCUGACUGUGCCCCAGGAUGCCACAGUGCAAGAACAGGCAGUCAUACCAGGAGCCACGUUAUCAGCAGCUACAGAUGCCGUCAAGGAUGAACCGACCGCUGAGCAACAACUCGAGGCUCUUAUUCAGUCUGCAGAGCAAGCAUCACAUUCAGCCGCCUUGAGUGUCGCGGCAGCGGCUACAGCAAGGCUUAACCCGUCCUUGCUGGAUCCACAACUACGUGAAGAGGGCGUGCUCGCGGCUGUAUUACCCACUACAGAAGCUCGUCAGACAGAUGAAGCUCUUGAACCCGUCUCGACGGGCCCGAGUCAGCCAUGGGGCGAGCUCACACAGGCUGAUCUGCUUACCACCGUACCCUUGCGUGUACCAAGCCAGGGCGAUAACCCAUUGGUGCCGCAGCUGCUGCAUGGACCCAUCAAGGGCGGAUUCCGAAUGUCCAGCCCGAAUGGCGGAAAAGCCCGGCACUCGAGGGCUCGUUUUGACGCAACCCGGCGCAAAGAGGUGCAAGAGGUGCGCAAGAUUGGCGCCUGUAUAAGGUGUAGAAUCUUAAGGAAAACCUGCUCCAAAGGCCACCCGUGCGACACAUGCAGGAAAGUCCUCUCGCCUCGCAUUUGGAAGUCCGGUUGCGUGCGAACCAAGUUUUCAGAGCAGCUCGACCUCUACUCCGCCGGAGUGCAGAUAGUGCUUAACCAGCAGAGGCUGAAUGAUUUGAAAGCCCAUGUCAAUUUUGCCAACCAAGGAACCACCCUUGAACUGUCCAUAUUCCCAGAGUGCAGUUUUCACAUUUCAGCACAAGCUCUACAGAGCAUCGGUGCCAAGGAAAGGACACCAGAAGAGCCAGAGAGGCCGUGGGUAAAGGAGGAGCUACUUCUUAUAGAUUCAGAAAAGGAAGAUUUGCAGGGUAGCGUGGAGCUUUACAUGCGGCAAAUUCUCCAUGAGUUUGUUGAAAGAGAAAAGUCACACUUCGCUCGUGUGACACUAGACACGGCCAUCACUCUUGGGCAUGAGACCCACGACGAGUUGCUGAAGAAGGCCAUCGAGCUUUGGGGUCUGGUAGAAAUGCUAGAUCGAGAAAGACAGUGGAACAUCACUGUCAAGUACGGCGGUCUUGAUGGCAGGACUAGAGAGAUCAAGGACUCGACGGAUCAGGACUGUUUUACGACCAUUUGUCUACAACUCACUGCCGCCGCCGAAAGGAAAGCGGCGCACACGAGCAAGCAGCUACUCCAGGGUAUGCAACGAGUCUUGCAGGACAGCAAAACCAAGAUUGAUCACAACAUGUUUUUUACCACACUGAUUCUCCUGAACUGCGUGGAGAAGACGACAUGGGCGUUCAAAGCGUGGGAACAGGAUAGUCUCCAACCAAUGUGGCCACUUGAGAAGGCUCCUCACAAUUUCACUGGGCAAGGAUAUGUCUUGGCCGACCUCCUCAAGAUGCUGCUUGGCAUCCGCAAAGUGCUGCCUAGGACGUUUUGUCGCGAAUCCGAUGGAAUGCUUGCAACGCAUGAAGAAGAGCCAGUUCUCCAGGGGUAUUUUCACAACCUGGAACUCAAAUUCGCCGAUCUGCAGGCCAAGCAAGAGCAGCCCAUCUUCUCUCCGACAGACUCAAGGUCACUCGAACUCUUGUUUUGUUCCACUCUUCUUCUGCCCGCUGCAGAGUAAAGACCCGCGUCAUCGUCUAAUAGAUAGUCUAGAACUAUCCUUGGGAACAUGAAGCUGUGGCCACAGCAGCACCCGAUAUAUACGCCGUCUUGCUUUUAUGACCCUGCAUGAAUUCAUGACCUUAUUAAACAUCUUCCCCGAGUCUUCCAAAUGGUGUCGCGGUGUUGGUGGCUGCGAUUCAAUUGUUUCACGUUUACUUCUGUGGUUUACUGCUGCCGGGCAGCGUUGGGACGGAAAAUGCUGGAAAGAAAGGAUGAUAAUGGAUGUUAGAGCUUACAAUACCCCCGGCUUGAUGCAAGCAAGCCAUGUUGAUUUAGUCAAGUAUUCCACAAU